AUGUUCAGCCUGCGAUUCAGCGGCGCUUUCAACUGGGGCUUGCCUAAGCGCCCAAGCCAGCAGCGCAAGCAGCCGCGCCGCGUCCGCGCCACUGGGUCGGACAGCGCCCCAGCCAGCACGCUCUCGUCGCGUGUCGGGGGCUUCGGCGGUCUUGCGCAAGCCGGCCUGGUGGCGGGCGCCGUGGCCGGCGCGGGCAGCUUGGGGGCGCAGUUCGUCGCCGCCAAGCAGGCGGAGGGCCGUGGCGCUGCCGCCCCUGAGUACGACUUUGUGCGCGUGCUGCGCAUCGCGGGGUUUGGCGCGCUGCUGUACGGCCCCUACCAGCACGCCCUCUUCAGCGUUCUUGAGUGGGGCCUGCCGGCCCAGUCCAUCGCCAACGUCCUUGCAAAGGUCGCCGUAAGCCAGGUGGCGCUGGCGCCGGCGGUGCUGGCGUUCCUGUACGUGUGGAGCCUGGGGGGCAGCGAGGCCAAGGGGGACGCGACGGCGCUCAGCCAGAGCGUGAAGAACGACCUCGGGCCCAGCACCGUGGACGGCUGGAAGGUGUGGGUUCCGGCCUUCGGCCUGACCUUCCUCGCAGUGCCCCCCGCAAGCCAGGUGCUGUUCACGACCCUGGCCAGUGUCGGCUUCUCUGGAUACGAGUCCCACCAGUCCACGGGCGACGCCGCCGCCCGCGCCCCCACGCUCUCCGCCCUCGCCGCCGCCGCCGCCGCCAAGAAGGCCGCCGCCGCGGCCGAGGCGGCGGCGUCCUCGGCGGCGGCGGUGGCGGUGCCCAAGGAGGCGCCAAAGGCAAACAAGAAUAUCCUCGGGCUCAGCGACAACCAGGUCACAGUUCUCAUCACUGUGGCAUGGAUUGGGGCGUGCGUGGCGCUCAAGAAGGACUGA